UUUUGUAAUUUAAGCGGGCGGGGAAGCAAAACUCUAGUUGUGUGCCUGGGAAAAGUCAAAGUGUAACACCCAGCUCAGAUGCAUUUAGGUCGAGGUCUGCAAAACCAAUGCAAAUCACCGUUGAGGGCGCCCUUUAAUUUUACAGUCAUCCACAAUGUCCUGCACGUACACAUGUACAUAUGUACACGUAAUCACACGUGUCGAAGUGAAGUUGCGCCGGUGUGGCGGGUCUUACACAUGAUCUUUGCUCCACAAUAAGUGCUAUCUGUGGGCCUGAUCUGUUCGUCUUGUUAAUCGUCAAUAAUUAUGGAACCAUCACUUAGGAAAAGAGAUCGAUCCACUACGAAAACACAGCAGGAACAGGCGCAGUCCCUAUCGAAGAAGUCGAGCCAAAUUAAAGGCUUCCGUUUGAAGUAUGUGAUUUUCUUCCUUGGUGUGCUGUUCGGAGCGAUAUUCUUGGGAACUUACUUUCUACUCGGUGCAGUCGGUAUUGGUCACGACACACUCAGCGACAUUUUGUCAUCGCAAGGUAGCUUUGUAAGAGGAGAUGAAUUAAGUCGUGGUAGAGAUGAGUUAAAUCGUGGAAAACCAGAUGACCCAAUUUCUGCAGAUGUAAAACCUGUGCAAAAGCAGUCCAGUGCAUUAUCAUUGCCCACAAUUGUUUGGUGGACAGACAAGUUGUUCCCUCAUUUUCAAGGUAAAAAUACUGUUAAGAUUGAAUGCGAGCCAAGUCAGGGUGGACAGGGGACAUGUCUUGUCACAACAGAUAAAAGUGUUUUGUCUGACCCUCUAGCAAGGGGUGUGAUGUUCUAUGGGAGUGACUUUCGAGCCUAUGAAGCCCCAUUGCCACGGUUACCAUGGCAUGAGUGGGCCGUCAUUCAUGAAGAAUCGCCAUUGAACAACCAGAUUUUUUCUCAUGCUGUAAUGAUGUCACAGUUCAAUCACACAUCAACAUUUCGACGGGAGUCACACUAUCCAAUUACAACUCAACACAUCAAAUCACUUGAUUACCUUACUGAACGUCAACCAGUUCCCAUCAGCAUGAAAAAUAAACACCGGGAAACACUUGCUCCUAUUGCAUAUAUUCAGACACACUGUAACGUUCCUUCAGACCGAGACCGCUAUGUAAAAGAGUUAAUGAAAUACAUUGAUGUUGAUUCGUAUGGGAAGUGUGUAAACAACAAAAAACUCCCAGAAAAUCUGCAAGAUCCUGUUGAAUCAAUGGAUGCCAAGGAAUUCUAUGAUUUCAUCGCGAGGUACAAAUUCCAUUUAGCAUUUGAAAAUGGGAUCUGCGAGGAUUACAUCACAGAAAAGUUGAUCCGUCCAUUUCAUGUUGGAUGUGUUCCAAUCUACAGGGGGUCUCCAUCCGUCAGAGAUUGGAUACCAGACAAUCAUUCCAUCAUUUUAGUGGAUAAUUUUCAAUCGCCAAAGGAGCUUGCUGAGUUCAUCAAACGUUUGGACAAGAACGAUAAGGAAUACCUGAAAUAUCUGGAAUUUAAAAACAAAGGAAUUAGCAAUCAGUUAUUAAGACAUACUGUUGAACGACGGGUAUGGGGCGUGAAUGACUGGCGCAAACCCAGCUUCAUCAAUGCCUUUGAGUGCUACCUCUGUGAACGCAUCGUUGAGAGAGUUGAAGCAGAGAGGGCCCACGAGAGAGAUCCAUCCAUCCCCCUCCUUCCACCCAGGGUUGCUGACGGUAACCAUGCGGGAUGCCCAGAGCCUAGUGUUUCACUUGGUGACAUGAGUGGAGUAGGUCGAGGAGAGGAUAUUCAUUUCUGGAAGGAAGACUACUGGAGUUCCAAGGAUCAAGCUUUAGCGUUGAAGAGAAUGAGUGAACAAGGAGCUACAGAUUCCUCCAAACUCUUUGAAGAAUUGCAACGGAUGUUUACGGAAGGAGCUCUCAGUAAAUAAAUCUCGUCCUGAUCCUCAGAGAGCCCACUAACUCCUCCAAGGUGCUGGAAAUAUUACAAUAAUUGUUUUUGCAAUCCAUAUCAAUGUCACCUGUGCAUUUACUGGUGCCAUCUCAAGGUUAACCACUUGCUGCCGGGUGGUUUGAAAAGUGCAGUGCACAUAAUCGGGACUUUUCUAAGAUUUUCAGCUUCCAAAUUCUUCAUUUCAAUUAAUGGAAGUUUACAUCCCCACAAAUUAUUGUCUGGUGGCCACUCUAGUCUGACAGACAAAAUCUAUUGACACCCAAGUGUUUCAGCCAGGCCUGCAGCCUUGU